AUGCUUUACAAAUUUGGUGCUAACGUAAAGAGCACGGAUAAUCGCAAUAAUACAAUACUCCAUUAUUUUUGCGGUAGUGGUGAUUUGGAAGGAGUUAAGUUUGCGCUUCAGUUUAUUGACAUCAAUGACAAAGCGUACAAUAACUUUGUACCACUCCACGCGGCUGCAUACAAGAACAGAUUUAAUUUCUGCGAAUAUCUUUGUACGCUACCUGAAUUGGAUAAAAAUGCCAAGAGUCAAGAUGUUGGUCUGACUCCCCUCGGAUAUGCUAUUGUAAGGAAUCACAAAGAAACAGUUAAUGUUCUUAAAAAAUUCGGUUGUGCUUAA